AUGGUUCUCCGUUUUCUUAUGCGAUACUUAGCCAACAACGAACAAGUAGUGAACAAAUUGGCAGAUUCAAAACCUAUUCGACGAGCUGCUCAAUUUGUGGUUUAUCUCAUUAAUCGAUCCUCCAUAAGUGGUGUACCAACCAGUCCGACAGAAUUAGGAAAGCAAUGGAAAAAUUUGUUGGGGCGUUUUGCAUCUAAUCUUAAAGAAGAAAUUACAGAUGCUAAGGAAGAGUUGAAAAAGAAAAAGUUUAAAUAAUAC